UAUUUUGAAAAUGUCUGCCACCGGAAACACUUGAUGAGUGGAUCCACCGGUUUUCACUUCCUACAUGUCCACUGCUAACAGAGCUGCACGAUGAAAAUACUAACUUUAUUAGGAUUAUUUUCAGCAUGCUUUUUAGCAAACAGCAUCAACAUCGAGAAUAGCGCAGGGCAGUUCUUCAGCAGUGGGCAUACGAACAAUUGGGCCGUUCUGGUGUGCACAUCCAGAUUCUGGUUCAACUACCGACAUGUGGCAAAUACUCUAUCUGUGUACAGAAGUGUGAAGAGGCUGGGCAUCCCUGACAGCCACAUAGUUCUGAUGCUGGCUGAUGACAUGGCUUGUAACCACAGAAAUCCCAAACCUGCUACAGUGUUCAGUCACAAAAACAUGGAGCUGAAUGUGUAUGGUGACGAUGUGGAAGUGGACUAUCGAGGUUAUGAGGUAACUGUGGAGAACUUCCUGCGAGUUUUGACUGGGCGCCUGCCUCCCAGCACACCACGCUCUAAACGCCUCCUUUCUGAUGAUCGAAGCAACAUCCUCAUAUACCUGACAGGCCACGGUGGGAAUGGCUUUCUGAAGUUCCAGGACUCUGAGGAGAUUAGUAAUGUGGAACUGGCAGAUGCUUUUGAGCAGAUGUGGCAGAAAAGAAGGUACAACGAGCUGCUCUUCAUCAUUGACACCUGUCAAGGCGCCUCCAUGUAUGAAAGAUUUUACUCUCCAAACAUCAUGGCUUUGGCCAGCAGUCAAGUUGGAGAAGACUCCCUGUCGCACCAGCCAGAUUUGGCCAUAGGAGUCCAUUUGAUGGAUCGUUACACGUUCUACAUGCUGGAGUUCCUUGAAGACAUCCAUCCUGCAAGCAAAACCAACAUGAAUGAUCUGUUCAAAGUGUGUCCAAAGAGUCAGUGUGUGUCCACUCCAGGCCAUCGUACUGACCUGUUCCUGAGAGAUCCUGGAAGUGUUCUCAUCACAGAUUUCUUUGGUAGUGUCCGCAAGGUUGAGCUCACCAUGGAUGCCAUCAACUUGACUGACCCCAUCAAGCAGAUGGAGGAGAAAAACCAAAGCAGAAAGACUGGCACCCUCCUGAUGGCUUCAUCCUGGGCCUGUGGACUUUAAUCCUCCUGGUGUUUUUCAAGACCUACGGCAUCAAGCAUCUCAAACACAUCUUCUGAGCCUCCUGUGUUUACACUGCUGGAUGUAAAGCUGCAGACCCGUGAUAUUUGAGGGAAGGAGCGGUUUGUGACAUGCUUAUAUUCCUGGAAAUGAAACCGAAUUGUUUGGAAUGACGUCUGCUGCUUGUUUGGAAACUGAGUGAUUCUUGGUGCCUUUUUUUUUUCUCUUUUACUUUGAAAUGACCCCAGCUCAUAGAUGUAAACAUUUGUGCUCUGUGUUAAAUGUUUUAUAUAAAAAAAGGACAACUGCAUCACACAGCCAUUUUACAAGAAUUUUAUGGGUUUUGUUUUGCAAAGACUUUAACAUUUAUUUUUCUUUGUGUGUUUGUGUCAGAUGUUCUGUUUUUGUCGAGCCAUUCCACAACUGCAGUGUUUUCGGUUAAAAAUGCACUAAACUGAGUCUGCAGAUAAGAAUUUAAUUUAUUUUUGGGAGCGCGUUGCUCUGCAUAUUUUAGCAGCAGCCUUUUUGUUUAAGUGCUACUCAGAAUGUCUGCUCGGUCAGAAAAAGAAAUUGUGAAACGAGGGCUGGCUGAUUGGCUGUGAGUGGGCUGUAGAGAGAUCAGUAUUUAAUGUCUCUCCUGUCCAGAUACAUUACACCCUUUGACCGUCAUAUCACACUUGUGAAGGAUAACAAUCGUACAUAAUCCCAUCUCUCGUGAUGGACCCAUCCACUUUCCCCAUUCACUAAAUUGCCCUCCCUGUGGAAACAUCCAUUAGCUCCCCAGCCUUGCACUCUGCUGAUUGUAUUCUGGGUGAUGGACAGCCAUUUCCCCAGCCAUUCUGCGUCCCGUGGUAGGGCAGCGAUAAGUGAGUGAUAACCUAGUAAGCCACCGGCCGUCCCACACGGGGUAAAAAGAGGAAAACAUGCCUCAGCAUAGAAGUACUCUCUCCCCUUCUGGUCUUGUAUAACCACUCUACAUUAGGCUUAUUGUUGGAGGGAGGUGAGUGAUGCUCGGAGCAUAUGGAUUAAACCCACCCAUUGCGUGUCCGCUGCCACUCUUCCUUGCAGCUAAAGUAGAAAAUAGAUGGAGUUGGAAAUGAAACCAUAUGUUUUGGAAUGCAGCUGCUGCGUCAGCCACAUUGUACCUUUUCUUAUACAUUAUUUAUGCAACACUUCUUAUUUCCUUUUCCUUCCCUAUUUUCUAGUUCCCGUAAUCGUAUUCCUCCUGCUCCACCGUCAGAGAGCACAGGAACAUUUUUAUACCCUGAACUGGAGGAUUUUUGAUGCCCUGAUUAAACAUGAAACACUGAAUCAAAGGAAUAAAUUUACAUCUUUAACUGCC